AUGCAGCCGACCAUGCAGACUGCAGUUCAGGUGUGGUUUGGCGAUGACCUUCCUUUAAGUCCCCGAAGUCCUCUGACUCCCAGACAUGGGCCAGGUUUGGCAGAUGUGUGCCUGUAUGACCAAUGGAUAUCUGUGCGGCAUGAAGCAACUUUGGUGCCUAUGCAAGAAGAUCUGUCAAUCUGGCUGUCGGGCUUGCUGGGAAUAGAAGUCACAGCAGAACAACUGCUAGAAGAACUUGAUAAUGGAGUGCUACUCUGCCAACUGGUUGGUGUUCUUCAAAACACAGUUAAAAAAUGUUGUAGCUCAAAUAAUUUAAGGAAUUUUCCUAUGAGAAAAGUUCCGUGUAAGAAGGAUGCUCCAUCAGGAUCUUUUUUUGCCAGAGAUAAUACAGCCAACUUUCUUAACUGGUGUAGGGCCAUUGGAGUUGAUGAGACUUAUCUCUUUGAAUCUGAAGGCUUAGUUUUGCACAAGGAUCCAAGACAAGUGUAUCUUUGUCUGUUGGAAAUUGGACGCAUCGUAUCCAGGUAUGGAGUUGAACCUCCUGUGCUAGUAAAACUAGAGAAGGAAAUUGAGCUAGAAGAAACACUGCUGAUGACCUCUGGACCACCAACACCUAUUAGCACAGCAAAGUCAUGUUGUCAUCAUGGGGAGCUACAUGAGGCAGUUAAACAUAUAGCAGAAGACCCUCCCUGCAGUUGUUCCCAUCGAUUUUCAAUUGAAUACUUAUCGGAAGGACGUUAUAGACUGGGAGAUAAAAUACUCUUCAUACGAAUGCUACAUGGCAAGCACGUGAUGGUACGUGUUGGUGGAGGCUGGGACACUCUUCAAGGAUUUCUGCUUAAAUAUGAUCCGUGCCGAGUACUUCAGUUUGCAACUCUGGAACAAAAAAUCCUGGCGUUUCAGAAAGGAGUCACCAGUGACAAUGUCCCCAACUCGUCAGCGAGAACUCAGGAGCCUCCUGUCAUGAAUCCAAUGUCAGCUGUCGAUAUGUUUCAAAAGCAGCCAUCGAAACCCCCGACUCCUGUUCCAGCUCUAAAGGCUGUCCACGGGGCCAGUGCCAAGAAGGUUGUAGCUGCACGCCCUCAGUCCCCUGCCCUGGCACCACCAAAAGUGCCAGCGCACCCAUACUCCACAGCCAAGUCAGUGUCAGUCAGGUCCAAAUUACAAGGGUCUUCAGGGACAGGCGCGCAGUCUCCUUUCAGACCAUUAGCUGGCAUCUCAAAGAGGCUGGAGUCUCCUGCACACAACUCACCAGCUUCUGCUCCUUCGCAGCCUGUAAGCAAAAGCUCUUCAACUGCGGGAACGAGAACGGUUCUUGUUCACUCCGAAACGUUACGCAAACGUAUUCGGUCCCCUGAUGCUCCCAAGGUGAAGUUUGCCCUGCCUCAGGGCUCCCCGGCACCGGCGGUGCACCCGGCCCUCUCGUCCUCUAAAAAACAGUCGUCUCGCUUGCCUGGGACAGCUGAAACGAUGGCUUCAAAACAGAAGCGUGUCCCUGCUAAAUGCAAACCUGUAUCUGUCACUAAAACCAAACCAAAUUCAGUUGCUCCGAGGGCUGCUUGGCUGCCUGUGACAAAUCUGCCUGCCGUCGCCAAGUUUGCACGUUCUCAGCAGCUCCUUGCAAAACCUCCUUCUGAAAAUGCGGUUCAGACCUCAGGAACUGAGUCUCAGCGUCCUCAGAAACCUCCACAAACAGCUUCUGCCCUGGCAAGGAACCCAAAAAGUGCUUCAGUCCUAAAACACUCAGCUUCUGCGCCUUCCCUUGCAGUUAGCAAAGCGUCAAAGUCGCUGGUAUCUACAAGCAAAAAUGUAUCAUCAGCUGUCAAUAAGCAGCCAAAUGUCAGUAGAUCUCCUCAGGUUGGGCCUGCUUCGUCCAAAUCUCCUGAACGCACUCCCUUAUCCGUUGUACGACUUCCUCAAACUUCAGCCAAAGCGACAGCGACCAAAAAGCCAGCGCAGCCUUCUGCGAAAGAUCAACCUUCAACCAAAACCUUGCAAGCCAACGAAUGCUUGGCCCCAGCCGCCAAGAAGCCUCUCCCUCAGGGAAAAUCAGCAACAGCAUGUAACAAAGGAACGCCUGGUGCAUCAAAAGGUCCUCUUGUGAAGAGCAGGCAAGAUGAUCACUAUUUUGUUAUGACAGGGAGUAAAAAACCCAGAAAGUAA